AUGAUGUCAGAAUGCGACCCGACAGAGACAGAAGCCGAGCCCGUGCUGGACACCGUAGACACAGCGGUGGCUCCGCCGGAGUGUAACUUUCACUCCGCGGACCCUCAAAACGUAUUAUUUGACACGAACCGGAUAGGGUUGGGGCUUGCGGCGAACCCGGGGGUUGCGGUUCGUAUCUCCGGUUCUUGUGAAAGCGUCUUGACCGAGCUGGAGACGGACGGUUCCGGCGAAGAGGCUCUGUUGUUACCGUGCUUAGCCGGAAGCUCGUCCUCUCCGCGGGCGGCACGAGACAAGAGGAGCAGGCGGAACAGACACAGCUCGUCAUCGGAUAAGGACACCCUGGCCUCCCCAGGUACCCACGGUGGAGACUUCAACCACUUUCCUGAUGAUCCAGAGUUUGCAGAUAUCAUCCAAAGAGCAGAACACGCUAUCGAAAAUGGUGUCUUUCCAGAAAGGAUUUCCCAAGGUUCCAGUGGGAGCUACUUUGUCAAAGACCCAAAAGGGAAAAUCAUUGGUGUUUUCAAACCAAAGUCAGAGGAACCUUAUGGUCACCUGAACCCCAAAUGGACCAAAUACUUUCACAAGCUCUGCUGUCCGUGCUGUUUUGGCCGAGGCUGCUUGUUGCCUAACCAGGGUUACCUCUCAGAGGCUGCUGCCUCACUGGUUGAUUCCAAGCUUGGCCUGGGAGUGGUGCCCAAAACAAAGGUGGUAUAUUUGGCAAGUGAGACAUUCCACUACAGCGCCAUUGACAGAGCCAAGUCCAGGGGGAAAAAGUACGCCUUAGAGAAGGUUCCUAAGGUGGGACGCCGCUUCCACAGAGUGGGCCUGCCACCCAAGGUGGGUUCAUUUCAGCUCUUUGUGGAGGGUUACCGUGAAGCAGACUACUGGCUGAGGCGCUUUGAGGCUGAGCCUCUGCCAGAGAACAUCAGGAAGCAGCUGCAGUCCCAGUUUGAGCGACUGGUGGUGUUAGACUAUGUGAUCAGAAACACAGAUCGAGGGAAUGACAACUGGUUGAUCAAGUAUGAGAAGUCAGGAGAAGAAGGCGGAGAACAAAAGGAUGCAGAGUGGCCAGAGAACAGUCUGGACUCCUGCAUCAAGAUCGCAGCCAUUGACAAUGGCCUGGCCUUCCCCUUCAAACACCCCGACGAAUGGAGAGCCUACCCGUUCCACUGGGCCUGGCUCCCUCAGGCUAAGGUGGCCUUCUCCCAGGAAACCAGAGACCUGGUCCUGUCUCGACUCUCUGACAUGAACUUUGUCCAGGACCUGUGUGAAGACCUCUAUGAGAUGUUCAAGACGGAUAAAGGCUUUGACAAAACCAUGUUUGAGAGACAGAUGUCCGUUAUGAGAGGACAGGUGCUGAACUUGACCCAGGCGCUGAAGGACGGGAAGAGCCCCAUCCAGCUGGUACAGAUGCCCAGAGUGGUGGUGGAACGCAGCCGUUCAGGCGGUCAAGGACGUGUGGUCACACUGGGAAAUGCCUUCACACAAACCUUCCACUGCAAGCGCCCCUUCUUUUCCUCAUGGUAGGCAGUGUGGGGUGUAGCAACUGCGUUUUUUUUUUUUCUUCCUGUCAGGAUGAGGAAGAAAUGAAACGAGGGAGAAAAUCACAGUGGAAACUGCAGAGGGGAUACACAGCAGAAGAAUAUGGUGAGAGGAGGAAUGUAUGAAGAAACUGAGCUUAUGCUUGUUGGCCAUUGUCUCCAACAGACAGACAGACAGAGGUUGUUUGAGGUUACUAUGGUGACGCAAAUGGAUAAUCAGCUUAAUCCACAGAGGUGGGCUUUGUUUAUUGUUAGAAAGCAGAGAGGUUUUUUUUGCCCUCUCCGAAGUACCGACUGAAAUCUCUCUUAAACUUUCUUAGUGGAGCUAAUGGCCAAAGAAGGAGCAGUUGUAUACAACCAAUUUAAUGAUUCACGGUCCAGUAGUGUUUGGGAUUUGUACGUUUUCGCAGACGUCAUCGCUUCCAAUGUGGGAUCAGUUCUACAAAUGGUUGACUUUGCCUUGUAGGAUUCCUUAUCAAAAUGCACACUUGCACUGUUGGAAGUUGGUGAUGUAUUGAACUUAACUGGGCUCACCAACUCUUUGCCCAGUGUUCCAAAAUGACAUCUGCUGAUCAAUGACAAAGCCAGUGUCUUCAACUCUCACUACUGCCAAAUGUGUGUGUUGAAAGGGAAAUCAAGAAGCCUCAAGAUGAGACAAUGCUGAAACUUGAAUAUAAGUGUGGUGGGGGGGGGUCUAUGAAUUAACAUAUUGCUUGAAUGUAAUCUGUUUACGGUUUCUAUACGGAUCCUUGUUCCAAAACAUUUCAGUACGAGCAAAUACUGUCAGAGUUUUCUCGUAACAAUGAAUGUAUUUGUUGUUUGACAUGUAUUUAAUUGCUGGCGAGCAUCUUUUUUCUUGUAAACCUUGCAGCAUGGGGGUGACAACUUGUCCGUCCCCUUUACAAUAACUGAUAUGAAGGGGAAAUGUUCAAUUAAGGACAAUAUUUCACACUUGCUCGAUGCCGUCGUGUUUUCUUAUGUAUGCAUCUUUAAAUUUUUCAAACUCAAUGAUUGUAUGAAACAAGCUGUAUAUUUAACAUGAAAAAUAAAAUCUGGAAAAUUUGA